AUGUCUGAAAUAUACUCUAAUAUAAAUUCUCAACUUCAUACCAAUUAGAAUUUAUCACUCUACGCAAGGCAUUAAAAAGAAGCAAGAAUAGAGCACUCGAAGUUGACUCCAGAAGAAUAGAAAGAAAAACUGCUUUAAGUUUAUAACAACCGACCACCUGUAUUCUCAGAUGAAGCUAGAGUACCUCCAAAACAAAUCACAGCCACUUAUUGA